UGGAAGACGGCGAUUGCGUACGAGCCACGUGCCAGACGUGUCCGUUCAUAGAGCAAUGGCCGCGCCUUGAGUGCCCGUGGUGCCGUGAAUAGACCGGCCGCUGGCAAGGCGAUCCCCGCAACACCAGACAGGGCCGCUGUUCUCCACGGACGCCCGCUGAAAUCUGCCUGAAGAUUGUCAGACGACUCGUGCCGUGCUGAUGCUCGCUUACCGCUUGAGGACACCGUUUCUGCCUAGUGAAAGAUGACGGUAAGCUGACUGAGCUGCCGAAAUCCUUGAUCGCUCGAUGGGAGGAGCGUGGACUGGAAAUAAGUUUCGCGUGGACACGUUUAGCACAGCUUAGAAAUGGGAAUUCAAGCCGCUGCUUUUCGAGAAACUGCAUAGGUCCGCCUGUCGAAGGGAGCGUCCUCUUGUAGCCCGUCAACCAGAUGAUUAGAGCUCGCCACGCCGUCAACGAAAGGAGCCAGCAUGUCCCUCCCGAUAUCGCAGCUGCACAAGGGUCCACUGGUGCCGCCGCGAGACCUGCGGAGUCUGGACUGGAAGCUUGCCGGCAACGUGCCAUUCAUCACGACAGUAAUUCUGUGUUACAUAUACGUCGUCAAGUUCGUCGGGCCCAGGUUCAUGAAGGGCAGAGAGCCUUUCAAAUGCCUGCGGCCUCUCAUCAUGAUCCACAACGCAGCCAUGAUCUUAGUCAACGUGUACUUCUUGUUCGCUAUCGGAUCCCGUACUCACUUCGGCGGCGGCACAAGCUUCUUUUGUCAGGGGCUCGAUCGCAGUGGUUCCGUCAACAGCUUCGAAGUUGCAGAUCUUCUCUGGUGGUACUUAAUGGUUCGUAUAAUCGACUUCCUGGACACUGUGUUCUUCGUGCUCCGCAAGAAGGACUCGCACGUUUCUGUGCUACACGUCGGCCACCACGUCCUGGUCGUCUUCACUGGCUGGUUCGGCAUAACCUACGGGCCUGACGGUCAGGCCUUGCUCAUGGUUCAUGUGAACACAUUUGUGCACGUCGUGAUGUACACCUACUACUUCUUGACGCUGCUGGGACCACGUUUCCAGCGCUACCUUUGGUGGAAGCGUUACUUGACUCAGCUUCAGAUCGCCCAGUUCAUCUUCAUGCUGAUGCACGCCCCAAUACCCUUGUUCGUCGACUGCGGCUAUCCUUUGGCGCACGUGCUUGUCAUCAUGAGUCAAGUGGCUUUCUACUUUUUCAUGUUUCUGCGCUUUUACGUGCAAUGCUACCGGAAACGCUUGAAGAGUGCCUGAGUUAUCCUCCCCGGUUCUAUCGCGCAUGCUGCGACCAGUACCACCACUAUAGCUGUCCUUGUUCUAUCUUCUUUUUUUAAAAAUCACGUUAUGGCCCCACAUUGUUGUGUGCGUUUCGGUCUCUGUGAGCUCGGACAUGGACAUUUACGAUAUUAAAGUACUCUUGACAGAAAGUGCCGCGAAAUAGCUUUGCAUGAGAACAUGCUGAGUGGCAGCAUAUGCUCGGCGUACGACCCUUGAAAAAUUGAGCUGUUCCAAAGCUAGGUGACAGCGGUUGACACGAAUGCCUCGCCCGUUCUUGAACGUCCAAGGUAUCAAGCUGGAGCAUUCCGUUGCUCAUAAAAUGCAUUCCUUGCUGCCAUCUCCGUAGCAACCAACGAUGCAUCCACUUUUCAAAAAUAUGUCAUGAGCUCACGGAUGGCCGGUUUGCCAACGCAUCAACACAAGAGUGUGCAUGCUACCAGGCUUUGAAUUUCCGGAUGCUGGGAUAAGGAUGCGGUAGAGCUCUAGUUCAGUAAGCGGUCUGCGCAAGUGGGUUUCUCAGUGUAGCAGUGCCAACAGCUAUGUGAAAAACGAAACUGACGGGACAUUUUAACUGGACAGGCUUCCUACACAAACCACAAAACAACAUGAAUCGCACAAGCUGCAGCUACGAAACCUCAUUAGUUGUCAUUGUUGUUUACCGCCUCUGUGUGAUAUGUUGUCUUUUUGCCUUGCCCUUCUGCUUUUCACAGUGGUAGACCACGCUGUGCUCAUGAAUCGUGAGCCUUGAACAGUGAAGUGACCUCGAUGAUCGUUUCUGCGGGGCUGUGGUGGAACUAAAGUGUCAGUCCUUGCAUGUAAAACUUCAGGACAAUAAAGCGGGCGGCUCUACUUUC